UUAGGUUAUAAGCCACUGGAGGUGCGCUGUAGAUUUUAAACAACAUGGCGGAUAUAUGUUAGAGUUCAAAUUUAGCUGUUGAUUUCGGUUAUCGUGAUGCAAUCAGUUCUUCUUUAUGGUAGAUUAUUAACUAGAGCUUUAGUUAGUGGCGUUUACGGUCAUACAUCGACCAGCAGCGAUGUUAAUUGUGUUAAUAGGAAGAGAGAAUUGAAAUUUCUUAUAGCAUGCUGCGGGUUUCCAAAGGUCUGGACUGGAUUUACUGCAUCUUUGCUCAGACGUGGACAGUUCGGAGAUGAUGCUUGUUUCGUAGCUAAAUACAAAACUACAGACGUUUUAGGUGUGGCCGACGGAGUCGGAGGAUGGAGAACGUACGGCGUCGAUCCCUCGCAGUUUUCCUCUUCUCUGAUGCGAACUUGCGAGAGGAUCGUGCUUUCGGGUCGUUUUAAUCCCCAGUCCCCGGCCGGAAUAAUAGCUGCUAGUUAUUAUGAAUUACUAGAAAACAAAGAGCACAUAAUUGGUAGCAGUACGGCUUGUGUGUUAGUUUUGAAUCGCGACAACAGCAUGCUAUACACUGCCAAUAUCGGAGACAGCGGAUUCCUGAUAAUCCGACAGGGUCAGAUCGUUCACCGUUCCGAAGAACAGCAGCAUUAUUUCAAUACUCCUUUUCAACUUUCACUUCCUCCUCCCAGUAUAAGCAGACAAGUACAUAACGACGGUCCCGAGUUAGCGGAAACUUCCUCGUUCGUCGUUCAAGAAGGCGAUCUGAUUCUUCUGGCGACCGAUGGUCUCUUCGACAAUCUACCCGAUAACAUGAUUGUACAGCAUUUAUCCAAACUCAGGGAUAGAAAUUUAGAGAGUAUACAGCAAUCAGUAAACUCUUUGGCCUUUCAAGCACACAGGUUGGCUUUUGAUUCUACUUAUCUGUCACCUUUUGCCAUCAAUGCGCGAGCGAAUGGCAUAGAUGCCACAGGUGGAAAGCCUGACGAUAUUACGGUCCUCCUGGUGUCGGUCGGUCCCGGAUGGUCGGAGAAGAAGGAACCGCUCCGCACGGCGGUCUCCCAGAAUGGUUGCACAGACUACGGUUGAUUGCACGUAGACCCUAGAAUGAGUAAACUUUUAGAAUAAGUUAGUCACUAAAUUUAGUAUCGAAUAGACGAGAUUUACGUGGGAUCUGUUGUCACAGAAAAACCAUGCAAUAUCAUUUGAAAAAAAAAAAGUGCUACUAGAGAGACAAUAGAUUCUACUCGGGUCCAGUCGCGUACGAUACCGCUGCC